AUGGCCCAGGAUGCAUUGGGAGACACACUGGGGAACCCAGUGAGUACACCAAGGCCCAGAGGAGCGAAGCGACCUGGCCCACACGUGUUUGGCAGUGGUUCCCGUCUUCCAAGUCCUCCACCUCCACCCAUGCAGACCAAGUUAGAAGAGGGCUCCAGAACAAAGAAAGUCAGCUGGGUCACUUUGGGGGCCUCUGGUCAUCAGCUUUCCCAGGAUGAGGACUCUAGUCAUGAGGUCACCUAUACAAAUAUUCUCCAGGCAGCAGGGGAGUUUGGGACAUUUCAGAGGAGACUGGUGACCCUCACCUUUAUCCCCAAUAUCCUGUCUGCUUUUUUUAUGUUUGAGGGAGAGUUCAUGUUUAAGACGCAGCCUCAUCACUGUGACACCACUUGGCUUUUGGCCAUCCGACCUGAUUUGACCACGACUGAACUAUUAAACCUACCCAGGAAGGCUGAUGGGUCCUUUGAGGAGUGCCGGAUAUACUCGCCCGUCCAGUGGGACUUUGACUUUAUUGUCAAGUAUGGCCUGAACGACACUGAAGAUUGCCAGGAUGGCUGGAUUUACCUCCAGCGGAGUGAGUGGUCCCUGGUCGCUGAGUUUAACCUGAUCUGUAACAAGGCCUCUGAACCCUUAAGAGCAUGCUCUGUUUUGGUGACUGACCUUUUGUUUGGAUCCUUGAUCAUCGGGACCCUGUGUGACAGGAUCGGCUGCUAUAAAACCAUUCUGACAAUGCUGAUGUUCUAUGCUGUGUUUGGAUUUGGUACAACCUUCGUGCCCAGCUUCAGCAUCUACAAGACCUUCCAGUUUGGCACUGGCAUAGCCAUCAUGGGUUAUGCAAUAAGCAGUGUCUCUUUAGCUACAGAAUGGUUGGUCAUCUCCCAAAGAGCCCACGCCAUCGUCCUGGCACACUGCUUCUUUGUUCUGGGCCUCUUGAUCCUUUCUGCUCUGGCCUACUCCAUCUCUCACUGGAGACUAUUCCAGCUGGCUGGAAGUACCCCGGUGAUCUUCCUGGUCUCCUAUAUCUGGAUACUUCCUGAGUCCCCACUGUGGCUGAUGAUGAGAGGAAGAAUGGAAAAGGCCAAGUUUGUUCUAUGCAGGGCAGCCUCUGUCAAUAAAAGAACCAUACUCCCUGAGCUCCUCCAGCAGGUAAGCUGCCUAAGAUCCACUUAUGGAACAGUCCUGGAUAUCCUGCAAACACCUCACCUAAGGAAGGUAGACAUGAUCCUGAGCUAUGUGUGGUUCUCCAUCGGUUUCGGCUAUAUCGGACUGAGUUCCCAAUUGCAGAAACUUCCGACAAACGUUCAUGGAUCUGACCUAGUCUUCAGACUGGUGGAGUUGCCUGCCCGUCUCUCCUGCAUCAUCAUCAUCAUGGAGACUGGGAGGAGAAGUAGCCAAGCCUUUACUCUUCUACUGGGGGGCCUCACAUGCCUACUCAAUGCCUUCACCCCUGACGAUCUACACUCCAUCACCAUAACUCUGGCCCCGAUGAGUCAAAUCAGACUGUCUGCUGCGGGCACCAUAUCCUUUAUCUACUCAGCUGAGCUCUUUCCCAUUGGCCUCAGGUACUGGAGGGAGUGGCCCGUUGGCCUCGGUUUCGUGUCUCUGGCCUACAGCGUGGGAGCCAUUGGCACCUUACUGAUUGAGGCCCUGGAUCAGGAGCAGUCAGAAAUUUUUACGACUCUCUGUGGAAUGGCGACCAUGAUUGGGGGAGCCCUCUGCUUUCUACUUCCUAAAAAACUCCCUAAUGAGAAGAGAUACCCUCCUGAAGAAAAAGGGAGUCAUCGGGACCAAGUGGAGCCCAAAGGCUUGGGUUUGAAUCCCACUUCUGAUGCUCACUCGCUGCUUGACCUCUGGCUGACCAAAAAGUCUCUGUUCCUUAGCCCCAGACUAACCUUCAACCCAGAUUAUGUCUGCCUGGCUCUACCAGAUAAAAGCAGCUGUUGGGAGCCCCAGACCAUACAGACCCAGGAGCUGGACGCAGAGUGGGACACAGAGGGGGACGCAGGAAGCAAGACGACAACGGCUGUCUCAGCGGCAGCCUCACAGAAAACUGGGGGCGCUGUCUCGCCCCCCCACCAUCGGGCCCUGUCCCAAGGUCCAAAGCCUCUCCCGGAUGCCUUCCUCCCUCCCCAUGGUAGGGGAAUGGAUGCCAGCCUAGCACCCCGAGAUCAGCAGUGCUUCCAGACCAGAGAUGAGAGGAGCCAGCUGAGCCCCUGA